GUUCCUCAGCCAUUCAACAUGACGGUGCGGGAAAGUCAAAAGAAGACUCAACUUCUCAGAUCCAGGCUAUUGCUGGAAAUAGAGAAGGAGCUAUUGGAAACACGGGAACAGGAAGAGGCAGAAUGCCAGAAGAAAUUCCGGGCUCUUCCUGUACCGGCUCAUGUUUAUCUGCAACUUUAUGAAGAAAUGAAUGAACAGAAUGAGGAAAAGAGAAGAAGAGGACGAGAGAAGCGGAAAGAAUUCCUGAUGUCCACACAGAAGCCAUUUAGUUUUACCGAAAAGGAGGAGGAGGAGAAAAAAGAGAAGGAGAAGUUGAAACUACAGAUCAGUGAAGCCACACCAGAAACCGUGAAGAAGGCAAAACAGAUAAAGAAAAUUCCACUGUCUGUUCAAGAUCCAACAGUAAGCGAGAAGCUAAAAGAAGAGGAACUGUUCAGAAAGAUCCGCAUACAGAUGCGAGCUGCAGACUUGCUGAAAAGUGCUUCUUCACCUAUUGAUCUUCAUCCUUAUAAAAAGGAGCUGGCCACAUCAAGCUCUAUGAAAACAAGACAAGAAAAGCUGGGAUUCCUGGAAAAUAAACCAAAAUUCAAGCCGAGAAUAAAUCCAGAAGUUCCCGAUUAUGCAAAACUCUACAAAGCUUUUCAGAGAGAAGUGAGGAGAAAGCAGCAGGUGAAGGAGACGACCAAAUGUGUGCCCUUUGAACUUCGUACAUCAAAACUAGCACCACGGCAAAGCAAAACAAGUGAAGAUGUAUUGAAGGAUUCUCAUCAGAAAGUAAAGACUCGUUUGAAUGAAAACAAUUCUCUCAGUGGCAUUCAUUCACUAUCUUCUGAUACACUUCCCACCUACACAACAGAUGCUGCAAGGAAAAGGCACUCAGCUGUCAGAAAAUCUCUAGAAGAACGUGACAAACAAAAGCUAGAGAAAGCUCAAUGGACAGAGAAGUACAAGAUUAAUACCCAAGGCAUGAGCAAAACAAUAUUGACACGGGCUAAAGCUAUGGACCCUCAUCAAAGCCUAGCAGAGACCUACAAAAAAACAUUGAAGCAGUAUAGACAGCGAGAUCUCAAGAGGAAGAAAGAAUAUAUUAAGGAAAUGGAGGAGAUGAAGAGGCGAGUCCGUAGCAGACCCUUCCUCUUCGAGCAAGUCAGUCAGAAAAAUGCUACAUGUGUAGCUGAGAGACGGUACCGUGAAGCAUUGCGGCAAGCUGGAGUGGAUGAAGAAUUUGUGCAAGAUAAAGGAAGAAAUGCAGCAGAUAUCCCACUUACAAUAUCUGAUGAAGACGACAAUAGCUUUGACAGUGAAUACAGCAGUGAAAAACAGGAGAGUGACAAGAUAAGUGAGCCUUCAGAAAUUAUCAAACCAGUGGAAGCAGAUGAGGAAAAAAUUAUUCAGAACAGGGAUGAAGGUGAAGAGAAUGGAGAACAAGAAGACGAUUCCUUACUCUGACAAUCAAAAUAAUCUUGACACUUGUGUAAGAAAUUCAACCUGUGAAUAGUACUAAUAGCUCUAGCCUUCACUUAAAAGAAAGGCAGCAAUAAAUUAUCGAUUUCUACUUUAGGUUUACAAUUGCAAACCUGUGGUUUGAUGUAGACAUGUUAGUAAGCAUAAUAUGAGCCAAUUACAAUAUACACUGUACCUUGGAAACACAUCAUUUCAGAAUUCAAGCACAUAUACCUCUUAAAAUAACUGAAAUAGCAUUGACAAACUAUUUGAAUUUAAUUUUGAUAAGUUUAAUGUAUUUUUUUCACAAGGUAUGUCUAUGUCCGUUAGUACUUUAAUGAAACGUUUUGCAUUUGACGUGUUUGAAGGGCAUCAAGUACUUGAGCAAAGGACACCCCUGCUGGGUAUGGAAAUACUAAUAAGCUAGGAAAUAAAGCACACUGUCUUUUGGAAAGAGGCUAUUCAGCUUGGUAAGCCAGCUAAUUAUAAGAACUAUCCAAAUCUUUUUAGUACUUUCCUACUUUUCUCUUUCUUCCCUACCUCUACCCCCAACUCCCGUCGCCCUUCAAAUUUCUCAUGUCCUUAAAAUAAAUAAAAACAUUCCAAUUCUUUACAUAUCCUAAUUGCAUAAUAGGUAACAGAUCACUCUUUCGCACCUGUACUAUUAAAUAAUGGUAAAAAUAAAUUUCUUAAGCUUAGAAAAAGCACACUAAAAAUCAGUAAUUCCCUAUUCUAUUAUCCUGUAACUGAAGAAGCAAAGGAACUGCCCUUUUACACAUUCAGCAGUCACAUCUGUAAGGAUUUUAGUUGACUAUCAGCAUCAAGAUGAUGCAUGUUCUGGAAUGUUAUCAUUUUGCCAUUAAUAAGCAUUGUCACAUUGUCAAUGCUAACAGGCUGGACAAACUAGAAACAGGGAGGAUGUUUUCCCUGCUUGGAUCACAUUGGACUGGAAACUGUAAUCCAAGAUAGUGGCAGAGUAAAUUCCUGAGCUAGAGCUCGAUCACUCUGACUGCUUUUCUUUCUUCUUAUCUCAUGCUUUUCUUCCUUUUUUAAAGAUCUUUAGUUUUUUUUCUCUACUUACCUUCUGGAGGGAGCUCAGUCAUGGAGGCAGCGACGACAGCAGCUGGGGGCCCAGAGCAGGAGGCGGCUGGUAUGCCUGGGCAGAACUCUGGCGAUUGGUGACAUUGCAGCUUCUUCAAGUCCAGAGCAGUACCAGAGCAGGACUCUGCAACUCUGCGUGGAUAGGCCCUCACGCAAGGACUGGAGGCAAGGCCCUGUGUGGACUGUGGUGGAAGGAUUGUAAAAUUGUGUACUUUUUAUUUGUUUAUUUUUCUAUUUUCAUCCUCUGCUGGACUUUUUUUACUACUUAAUUUUUCUACUUUAUACCGAAGAAUCUGUUCUUAAUUAUCUGUACAUAAGAUGGUGCCAUAAGUGGUGACUCGUAAACUUUUCACUGUACUCAUUUAAGUACAUGUGACAAUAAGGCUAAUUCUAAUUCUAAACUUGAUGCUAGAAUCAACACACAUUGCAAAAGCUACAGUUUAGUCCAAGCUAAGCAUGGUUGAAACAGCAACCCACCUGAACACCAGACUCUUCUACAUCGAGAUUUGGACAUACCAGUAAGGAGAAAUGGAUGAAUAUUCUCCAUUAUAUCUGAGACGUGUCCUCUGUAUCUCCUGGUGGGACAAGUGAACACCUCCGUGAUCAAACCAGUGAAGCUACAAAAUAGGACUAAGUGAUUCUAGAACCAAUAGAUCAGCUCAAAGCUCUGCAGUCCUGCUACAUCUAGUCACGAGUGGUUAAAUUAAACAACUCACUAGAGGAGGCAGUUCCACAACUAGCCCUAUCUGCAUAGGGGAAACCAGUAUGUGUGUGCAACGAUAAAGCUAAAGCAUUUGCAACAAUUUUCAGCAAGAAGUACCAAGUUGAUGAUUCAUUUUGAUCUCUUCAGUGGUACCCAGUAUCUCAGAUGUCAGUCUACAAUCAAUUUGGUUUGCUCUAUGUGAUAUCAAAACAGCCUGUGAAGGCACAAGAUACAAAAAAAGAUUGUGGGUCUCUAACAAUGUUACAGAAGGAGGACUGAAGAUUUGUGCUCCAGAACUUGCCACACCCCUAGCUGAGGUGUUCCAGUACAGCUAUAAUACUGACAUCUACCUGGCAAUGUGGAAAAUUCUCUAGGUAUGUCCUGUACACAAAAAGCAGGGCAAAUCAACCCCUGUCAUCUAAUUUUGCUUAACAAUAAAGUGACAGGAGGAGUCAUUAAUAGCACAAUCAAGCAGUAUUUGUUUAGCCAUUGGCACACAGAUUGGAUUCCACAAUGGCUACUUAUCUCAUGACAUCAUUAGGAUCUUGGUUCAGACAAUGACAAACGCAUGUAGGCUAGACCAGUUAAGGAUGCUAGAUUUUCUUCGCUAGAGGACAUUAGUGAAUCAGAGGGGCUUUUCUGAUAAUGGUCAUCAUUUAGACUCUUUUGUGAAUUCAGAUUUCACCAUCUGCCAUGGCAGGAUUCAAACCCAGGUCCCCUCAACAUUACCCGAGUGUCUGGAUUAACAGUCCAGUGAUAAUACUGCUAGGCUCUCCCGCUGUCCACUAUCAACAAAGCACAAGUCAGAGAUGUAAUGGAAUAUUCCCCAUUUGCCAGUGACACUCCAAGAAGCUUGACACCAUCCAGGCCAAAGCAGCUGCUUCAUGGGCACCAGAUUCACAAACUUUGACUUCCUCCACCAUGGACACAUUGGAGGAGCAGUUUGUUAAUUUGCAAGAAACACUGCAAAAAAAAAAAAGGCUCCUUAGCAUCUUUCAAACCUACAACUACCAUCUUGAAGAAUAAGGGCAGCAGAUACGUGGGAGCAUCACCACCUGCAAGUUACCCUCCGAACUAUUCACCGUCCUGACUUAGAAGGACAAGAGCACAUAAUAGGAAUACCAUUGCAUACUAUCCUAGCUUGGAACUAUAUUGCCAUUCCUUCUCGGUUACUGGGACAAAAUAACAGCAUGCUGGCGUACCUACACAAAUGGACUGCAGUAGCUCAGAAGUCAGCUCACCACCAAUAUUUCAAGGGCAAGUAGAGAUGGGAAAUAAAUGCUGACCUAACCAGCAAAAGUCACUAAAUGGAUUUUAAAACAGUCCUAAGCAUAGAAAAUAUGCCAUUUGAGACUGCAUUGCCAUUCAAUAGGAUCAUGGCUGAUCGUCCACCUCAGUACCUAGUUCCUGUUUUCUCCCCAUAUCUUUGAUCCCUUUAGCCCUAAGAACUAUUAUCCUUCCUAAAGACAUUCAAUGUUUUGGCUUCAAUCACGUUUUGUGACAGAGAAUUCCACAGGCAUACCACUCUCUGGAUGAAGAAACUUUUUUCUCAUCAGUCCUAAAUAUCCUACUCUAUAUCCUCCAACUGUGACCUCUGGUCUGGACUCCUCAGUUAGCGAGAACAUGUUUCCUGCAUUUACCCUGUUGCUCCUGUUAGAAUUUUAUAGGCUUUUAUGAAAUCCCCCUACACAUUUUACUAAAUGGCAGUAAAUAUAAUCCUAACCAAUUCAGUCUCUCUUCAUAUGUCAGUCUUGCCUUCCCAGGAGUCAUUCUGGUAGAAUCCCUCCAUAGCCAGAAUAUCCUUCUUCAGAUAAGGAGACCAAAUCUGCACACAAUACUGCAGUUGUGGCUUCACCACUGUAGCAAGACUUCCCUGCUCCUGUACUCAAAUCCUGUCCCUAUGAAGGCCAACAUACCAUUUGUCAUCUUUACUGCCCACUGCACCUGCAUGCUUACUUUCAGCAACUGGUGUACAAGACACCCAAGGUCUCAUUGGACCUCCUCCUUUCCCAAACUAUUGCCAUUAAGACAACAAUCAGCCUUCCUGUUUUUGCUAUCAAAGUGGGUAACCUCACAUUUAUCCAUGCAUUUCAUCGGCCUUGCAUUUUCCCACUCAGGAAGUCCAAAUCAUACUGAAGCAUCUUGGCAUCCUUCCAGCUUGGUCUCAUCUGCAAAUUUGGAGGUAUUACAUUGAUUUAGAUGACAGAAUUCAAUAUAUUGUGAAUAGCUGGAGUCCAAGCACUACUGAUUCGUGCAGUACCCUACUAGUCACUGGCUGUCACUUGGAAAAGGAACAGUUUAAUCUUACCUUUGGUUUUCUGUCCACGAAUCCGUUCUCUAUCCAUGUCAGUACAUUACCCUCAAUCUAAUGAGCUUUAGUUAUAGAUGCUAAAGAUUUUAAGAGAUGUUUCUCCUGCCUCUCUACACCUACAACAGACUACCCCUCAAUCUCUUACAACUAUAUCACUCUCAGUUUCAGCACAUUAAUAAGUAAGUUUCUUCUCCUCUGGCUAAUGUUUAUGGAAUCCAGCUGGGUUACUAAUUAUUAAGUUAUGGACCCAGCAAUUAAUAUUUGUAUAAAAUGUCCACAUGGUAACUUUUUUUGCUGGUAUUAAAAAGUGAAUAACUAUCCAUUCAGGAUGUUUAAAAAAAUGUUUAACUUGAAAGAUUCCACCCUUCAUGUCAGUUAGGUUUUUGCUUUUCCAAAAAAAAAGCAAUAAAAAAACUUCAUUGUUUUGCUGUGGGAACUGAAUAGUAAAGUUUAAAAUGAGUCCAUUUCACAAAUAAGUCAGAUGCUGAAACAGUCAAGUGCAAGUUUAAAAGAAAGUCUCAAAUUAUAAUCUUUGUACACAACCAGAUUGAGAUAAAAAUGUUCGAUUGUGAGAGGUAAUACAUCCUACCUGUUUGCCUUUACUACUUUGUACUUUUUGUUCUCCUUCAACUAUGAGACUCUAGCCACAGAAGUAACAUUCUCUCUGCACUCUAUAUUUGUAUAGUACCCUUGAUAUAGUAAAACAUCGCAAGGCACUUUGCCGGAGCUUUGAUCAAGGAAAAUCCCAUCACAGUCAAAUUCAAUAAUUCCACCUCUUUACUGCCAGAAGAUGGCACUUUUUUCCCCUCCUCAAAAGUCUCCAAAUUUUACUUCAGAAAGUUACUUCCCCAGUUAGAAAAAAAUUAUUCGGUUGUGCCACAGCAAGAUCUUUGAACCGAUUUGCCAUUCCUUACUUUAAUUGGUUUCAUGUGAUGUUUCUGUACAUUGUGUAUGUUUGGAUCCAACUUUUAACUGGAAAAUGUAUUCGUUUUAUAAUUGAACUAGAUUGAUGGUCACAUGAACUCUUGUGCAUGUCAUAACUGUGGUCCAUAUUUUCACCUUUGUGCUAUCUUAGAAGCUCUCUAAAUCAGUCCUUGCUACAGAAUGCAGAAAAGUCAAAACUACAGUUAUGUUCUUAAACAUCAAAUGUUUUGCCUGUUGGUCUUGUUGCUGCAAUUGAGAUUUUUUUUAAAAUUUCUCUUGAAAAAUAAUAUUAUACAUAUUUUAUUGGGAUAUUCACUAUGUAAAUUGAUGUCCACUCCUUGUUUUCUAUGGUGUAUGCGAAUUGCAUAUCAUAAAUUUUGAUUAAAAGUCUGUUAAUAUUACUCAAUUUGGAUCCUAAUAACAUUUUCACAAAUUUAGAAUCUUUAUUUUUGCAGUAAUAUAUGAUCAGCUGGCAAGUGCACAGAAUGGAGCAACCUUUAUGUGGAUAAUUAUUAUUCUCAUCAGUUGUUCCGGUGUCUGUCUCACACUUGUUCACUUAAGUUCAGUUGUGCUAAGUUUUACAGAACUUUUCACUCUGAAAAGCAAAUACCAUUCUAUCUCUAUAAAUAAAAUUAUCUUGUCAUGGUC